AUGGCGUCAAAUGAUGUCAUUUCAUUUGGUGUGGUUGACUGGAUAGUGUUUAUUGCUAUGCUGGCAGUAUCGACUGCAACAGGAGUUUACCAUGCUUUUGCUAAAGGUGGACAGAAAACCACUUCCGAAUAUCUACUUGCAAAUCGCAAAAUGAGAGCCCUGCCGAUAGCAACUUCCUAUUUUGUUUCUUUAGCAUCCUCGAUAGCUAUAUUAGGAUUGCCCGCAGAGAGUUUCCUGUUCGGUAUUCAGUUCAUUUUGAGUACAGUGGGUAUAGUUAUCGGGCAUGUUAUCUGCGCCUUCACCUUUGUGCCUCUUGUCCGUGGACUUGAUAUUAUCAGCAUAUACGAGGGUGGCAUGAAGGCAGUUAUAUGGGCUGAUGUGUUUCAGUGUAUCAUUAUGACGUCAUCUGUUCUAGCUGUCCUGGUUAUUGGUACGAUUAAAGCUGGGGGUAUGGCAGAAGUCAUGGCGUACAACAAUGAGCAUGGAAGACUUGAUUUAUUUGAAUGGGAUCCUGAUCCAACUCUCCGAUAUUCAUUUUGGUCUUUGAUGAUUGGUCAGGCUUUUAAGCACAUGGCUGGAAGUACAAACCAAGGCGCAGUGCAAAGAAUUCUUGCUUCAAAGUCAACACGACAUGCACAAAAAACAUUUUUACUAGCCAUCCCGUUUUUUAUAUUCCUUAUUGUUAUGUCGAUAAUCACUGGACUUGUGCUGUUCGCAUACUACGAUAAUAACACAAUAACAAUGAUAGACACCAGAUAUGUACCGAACUAUGCAACCCCAGAUCAGAUAUUGGUGUACUUUGUCAGUGCUAACCUGGGUCAUAUAUACGCGUUUGUAUUUGGCACUAUUGUCAUUGGUUUGGCAUUUGGAAUUCGUUACCUUGGUACCUUAAUCGUUAUUACUUCUAAAGUAAUUGGUGUAACAGGAGGUCCCGUACUUGGCGCGUUCACACUGGGCAUGUGCUUUCCUAGAGCCAACACGUGGGGUGCUUAUUCUGGUGUAACCGUUGGACUGACAUGGGGGAUAUUCGUAUUCCUCGGCUCUGUGGUUUCCCACAGCCGAAGAUACCAUCCCAAACCCAUAUUUAAGAUUUCCUUUACAUGGUACACCUUUAUGAACUGGUUAGUUACAGUGGUAAUUGGUGUUGUGGUAAGCGAGAUUGCUCGAUGCAUACAGCCGUCAUUGAGAACACAUACAGUGGACGACAAAUUAUUACUCUCAUGUUUAAGGUCAAAUGGGUCCAAGCAUAAAGGACGACAUUCUUACCAGAUGGCGUCAAAUACAGAACCAAACCAUGUCACAGAAAUAGAAUUACAGGAAAAAUCCCAUAUGCUGAGAUCAGGCGAUGACGUCAAAUUUUAUAAUUUAGAAUAUAUUUUACAACAACAACAACAGCAGAACCACGCGAAUGAGACGUUGGCUGUAUUUAAAUUUCAAUGUGGUGUUGUAGCAAUAUUGGGUUGGUCGCUGUCAACAACCAUCAGUCAGGAACCUGACAAGCCCGAACAAUUGUGGACUUGUUAA